CAAUCAAUAGCGGCGUUGCUUUUGCGACUCCACGUCGGCACCAGCUGCGGGGCAAGAUGGAGGCGCUGAUUUUGGAACCCUCCCUGUACACUGUCAAAGCCAUCCUGAUUCUGGACAACGAUGGAGAUCGACUUUUUGCUAAGUACUAUGACGACACCUACCCUAGUGUCAAGGAGCAAAAGGCCUUUGAGAAGAACAUCUUCAACAAGACCCAUCGGACUGAUAGUGAAAUCGCCCUCUUGGAAGGCCUGACAGUGGUCUACAAAAGCAGCAUCGAUCUCUAUUUCUAUGUGAUUGGCAGUUCCUAUGAAAACGAGCUGAUGCUUAUGGCUGUUCUGAACUGCCUGUUUGACUCCCUGAGCCAGAUGCUGAGGAAAAACGUAGAAAAGAGAGCUCUGCUGGAGAACAUGGAGGGGCUCUUCUUGGCUGUGGAUGAAAUUGUAGAUGGAGGGGUAAUCCUAGAGAACGACCCUCAGCAAGUGGUACACCGAGUAGCUCUAAGGGGUGAAGACGUCCCUCUUACAGAGCAGACCGUGUCUCAGGUGCUGCAGUCUGCAAAAGAACAGAUCAAGUGGUCCCUCCUUCGGUGAAGACGCCCCCAUGCCUGGUUUCUCACCCCCACCAGAAAUCUGCAUGUCUGCUGUGACUUCUCAUCCAGUCCCCCAACUGCUGUUCUCAGGGUCAUCUAGGGGGUCACAAGGGAUCCUUAAACCUUCAUCCUGUCUAGGGUUGCCCUUCCCAACACCUUCCCAUUCCUUCUUUCCUCUGGAAGUGAAAUUCCCAGCCCGUUUGGAUGUAGGGCAAGGGAAGCACCCUUUUCCUGCUCAAAGGGGAUUUUGCUCCAUGCUCUUCUACCCCCACAUUCUCCCCUCAGCUUCUCUGCCCUUUGCUAUGGCUGCACUGCAGAUCAAAGCAGAGAAAGAAUGUGCUGAGUGUUUCCUCCUUUUAGCCCAUAUGUCCAACCAGAGCAGGAGGAUUCUUUCGGAGUGGCGGGGGCAGGCAGGGGGACAUCCAGUCUCAGGCUCAGCCCUCUUACUGGCCUCCGUGUCUUCUCUCAUUUCUUCUUGCUGCCCUGUCCUCUGCUGUGGAACAGAGUUUGGGAACAGCUUCUAGGGAGAGGACAAAGUGGUGGAAACUAAGACAUUAUUGGACAGGGCUUACAAACUGCAAUGGCCUAGGAGAGCUCAUUCUAGGUGUGUCCAUGACUUGGUACCUUGCCUCGGCCUUUACUACUGCCACCUCGCUUGUCCCCUCAGUGCCCUGGAGCAAUGCCAGCCCUGGAACUCAAAUACAUUCUAGCCUGGGGAAGAGUGUCUGCUCAGACCCAGGGAAGGGAAGGACUGGAUGACCUGGGCCUUGUAGUUCUCCAUCUCUCACCUCUCCUAUGCAGCACUUCGUCCUCUGCCUUGGGUCCACCAUCUGCCCCUUAACCCUGUGCUCUUUCCCUCAGCCCCACAUAAAAUCCAAGUAUCUGAGCUCUUCUCCCCAGGUGGCUGAGGCAGUGCCUUUGCUAGAAGACCCCCAUUUCCCCAGGAAGGUGGAGGUAUAACCAUAUCCCUUGACCCCAAACUCCUCCCCUAUCAAAAGGUCCUAGAAAAGCCUUCCUUAGACUUCUGCCCCACCCAGUAACUGCCAGUUCUCCAACUCUGAAGGGGAGCAGACAGCUGGGCAUAGCAAAGGGGCCUCUGGUGCAGGAGACCUAUCCCCUUCCUAUACUGCUCCAUGUGAAGAAGAAUAAAACGGACUUUUUUUUUUUCCAAA